UGUUAUAACCCAACCUAUCUACUAUUAUUAUAUUUAUAUAUAUUAUUACUACUAAUUAAUAUAAUAAUAUAAUUCUAAUAAUUUAAGUUCAUUCUCUCUUCAUUUUGCAAUUGCUUUUUUAUUCCCUGUAUUUUUGUGUGUGUAGUACAUAUAUGAUGGACGGGAAGAAGUUGGAAUACAAGGGUGAGAAGGCGUUGAAAGAGAUUGAAAGGCUAACGUCAAACGCCGGAGAGGUUCAAGAAGAAAUUCUAAUAAGAAUAAUGGAGAUGAAUGGGGGGUGUGAGUAUUUGAAGAAGUUCAACUUGAAAAACAAAAAUUCCUCUUCAUCAGUACAAGAUUUGGUUUCGGAUUUCAAACGUUGUGUGCCUGUUAUCGCGUACGAGGAUAUCAAGCCUUACAUCCUCAGAAUUGCCAACGGUGACCACUUCAGCCUCAUCACCGGUCAACCCAUAACUGAGAUGCUCUGCAGUUCAGGAACUUCAGGGGGAGAGCCAAAGAUUAUGCCGUCAAUCGCUGAGGAUCUUGAUCGGAGGACGUUUCUUUACAAUCUCAUUAUGCCGAUUAUGGACCAGUAUAUUCCCGGGAUGGACGGGGGAAAGGCGAUGUAUCUUUAUUUCGUGAAAGCCGAAAAGUCGACUCCGUGCGGUCUACCGGCACGGUCGGUGCUAACAAGCUACUACAAAAGCAAGCAUUUCAAGUGCCGCGCCUUCGAUCCUUACAACGACCUGACCAGCCCGGACCAAGCCAUUCUCUGCUCCGACAGCAACCAAAGCAUGUAUUGCCAGCUCCUAUCCGGCCUCGUGUACCGCCGCCAAGUCCUCCGCCUCGGGGCCGUCUUCGCCUCGGCUUUUCUCCGAGCCAUCUCCUUCCUCCAACACAACUGGCCCGCCCUGUGCCUCGACAUCAGGACCGGGCAGCUCAGCGGUGCGAUCACCGACUCCGAGUGCCGAGCCGCGAUGUCCAAAAUCCUCUUGGCGCCCGACCCGGAGCUGGCGGGCGAGAUUGAGGAGAUUUGUGGGGCCCCGUCGUGGAAGGGGAUUGUGUACCGGCUUUGGCCUAAGGCUAAGUAUAUUGAGGCGGUUAUUACGGGGUCCAUGUCGCAAUAUGUUCCGGCUCUUAGGUUUUAUAGCGAUGGGAAGUUGCCGUUGAUUUGUACCAUGUACGCGUCGUCGGAGUGUUACUUCGGGGUCAAUUUGAAGCCGCUGAGUGAUCCCGCGGACGUCGCCUUCACGCUCUUGCCUAACAUGUGCUACUUCGAGUUCAUCCCCUUGGGUGAUGAAAACGGAACGUUCUUGUCGAAUCUGAAUAAAGAAGAAGAAGAGUCAAUUCCUCUCGUUGACCUCGUAGAUGUUAGGCUUGGGUGUUACUAUGAAUUGGUUGUCACUACAUUUUCUGGGCUAUACCGGUACCGGAUCGGAGAUGUGCUGCAAGUGACGGGGUUCCACAACAAAGCGCCGCAAUUCAAAUUCAUAUGUCGCAGAAAUGUGGUGCUAAGCAUCGACACCGAUAAAACCAACGAGGAAGACCUUCAUCGGAGCAUCACGGCGGCGGCGAAGAAGCUUCUGGAGCCUCACCAGGCGCUGCUAGUGGAAUACACCAGCUACGCAGACACGUCAUCGGUCCCGGGUCACUACGUCAUCUACUGGGAAAUCAUCAUGCACGCCGCCGCGGCCAUUGAUGACGCGCAGGUCCUCCAAGACUGCUGCAUUGCCAUCGAAGAACAGCUGGACUAUGUGUACCGGCGGUGCAGGAGGCACGACAAGUGUAUAGGCCCGCUGGAGAUUCGUGUGGUGAAGCCUGGGACCUUUGAUUUGCUAAUGGGCAACUUCAUCAAUGAAGGGUCAUCCAUCAAUCAGUACAAGACUCCCAGGUGUAUCAAAUCUAAUUCUGCCCUCAAAAUCCUUGAGUCGAACGUAAGGGGAAGGUAUUUCAGUCCCAGAGAUCCUGCGUGGACACCUUGAAUAAUCAAUUCAAUGUAACAUUAACUAUUGGUUAGUGUUAGAAAUUAUGAAAUGGAUGGUGCCAUGGUGGUUGUGUGAAUCAACCAAACCAUAGAGGUCGAGGGUCAAAUUAUAAAUAAAU